UGCGACAGGAUAUGUAUAAGUAUGGCGAGCUUGCUCCCGUUGGAAUAGAUAUCUCACCAUCAAUUCCAACUCCAAUUCAGCAACCAUUUCAUCUAUCCACCAAAAAAACUUACAAAUCAACAACUUCAGUCGAAAUGAAGACCUCUAUCAUCGCCAUGUCCCUCCUGGCUAGUCUAGCUCUAGCUUUCCCAACCGACCCCACUCCCGAUGCGGCAGAUCUCGAGAAACGUACUUGCAAUAGAGACACUUGCUGCUGGGCCGAUGACUGCAGCUGGGGCCAGUGUCUCGAGAACUUCUGCGGCGCAUUCCCAGACUCUGGAACGUGCCCUGGUGUUUGCGACCGUAGCUGCAGCUCUUGCUAGACGAGAAGGAGGAAGAUGGAGUGGCGG